AUGGAGGAUGUUGGGCGAGCGCCCGCUGAAGCUUCACCCGUGCUCAACUUCGAGCCUACUACGAUCCCCACCCUCGACGGUUGGAUCGAGAGCUUGAUGUCUUGCAAGCAGCUGGCCGAAGCUGAUGUUCAGAGACUGUGCGAUAAGGCACGAGAAGUUCUACAGGAGGAAUCGAACGUGCAGCCAGUGAAAUGUCCCGUUACCGUCUGUGGUGAUAUCCACGGUCAAUUCCACGACUUGAUGGAGCUCUUCAAGAUUGGCGGUCCUAACCCUGAUACCAACUAUCUAUUCAUGGGUGACUACGUUGACCGAGGCUACUACUCUGUUGAGACAGUCACCCUUCUUGUCGCCCUCAAGAUCCGAUACCCUCAACGAAUCACAAUCCUCCGAGGAAACCACGAGUCCCGUCAGAUCACUCAGGUCUACGGCUUCUACGACGAAUGCCUCCGUAAAUAUGGAAACGCUAAUGUCUGGAAGUAUUUUACCGACCUCUUUGACUACCUCCCCCUCACUGCCCUGAUCGACAACCAAAUCUUCUGUCUUCAUGGCGGCCUCUCCCCAAGCAUUGAUACUCUGGAUAACAUCCGAGCUCUUGAUCGUAUUCAAGAGGUUCCUCACGAGGGUCCCAUGUGUGAUCUUCUCUGGUCAGACCCUGACGACCGAUGCGGCUGGGGAAUCUCUCCUCGAGGUGCGGGGUACACAUUCGGGCAGGACAUUUCAGAAGCUUUCAACCACAACAAUGGCUUGACCUUGAUUGCUCGCGCCCAUCAGCUUGUUAUGGAGGGUUACAACUGGUCUCAAGACCGGAAUGUUGUCACCAUUUUCUCAGCACCCAACUACUGCUACCGAUGCGGUAACCAAGCUGCUAUCAUGGAGAUUGAUGAGCACCUGAAGUACACCUUCUUGCAAUUUGAUCCAUGCCCCAGAGCUGGCGAGCCUAUGGUCUCAAGGCGGACUCCGGACUACUUCCUCUAA